CAUUAUGGGUAACGGCGUGGGAAAGGAUCUGGAUGGUGAGCCAGAGACCAGACCCACACCGUUACAUUUUGUAUCAGGCACCUGUGGGAUUAGUGUAACUGAUCCAUUUUGGGUAAAUAUUUGUGACCGCAGUCAGCAACUGUGUAUUACGCAGAUCAGCGAUGUAGGUCCUCGCAAUGAAGGGGACUGGGAGGAGGUUAGAAAAAUGGUGGGGCUUCACCCUAAAUAUAACUAUCCAGCCGGUGCCUGGGAUGAAAAUUAUAUGAAAACAUGUUUUAAAAAAUGGGAGAAAGCAUUAAAAGAGUAUAGGAAGAGAUUUCCACCAACCCAUCACAUAUACUUAAAACAGGAUAAGGGGACAGUGAGUAAAGAGGAAGAAGUUCCAUGGUCAGAAAUUCUGCCCUCCUUACCAGAUAAACCACCGGCAUAUGAUGUGACGGUAUUAGAACCAGAAAAGGCAACACUCCCAGCUGUCUCUACGGAGGACAUGCUGCAAGACCCUUAUGAUAAGGUCCCCUGUCCAAAACAAGCAACCGCACCAGAAUUAUUAUUAUUUUCUGGUGAGAACCAAAAGAGAACCGGACUGUACCCGGAUUUGGGAGAUAGAGAUUCCCUUUUGAGUACUGCAGUUAUAGUGGCAGCAGCACUUAGGGAACAAAAGGAUGUGGCUCCACAAGUCAAAGAGGCUCAGGAAAGGAGGAAGGAAUAUAAAAAAAAGUAUGGACAUUUAUGUACAGGAGUUGACCCAACUGAGGGAUAAACUAAAGAUAGACAUAGUCUACAUUAAACAACUUCCCCUUCAGGGUGUCCUUCCCAUCGCGUAUAAUCACGAGAACCCAGAUGAUACUGACCUUCCUAGUGAGGAAAGGAUGGAUGAAUUGAAGGGCAUUCUGGGAGGAGAAUGUGGGAAAACCAGAGCAGUGACUAACAAAAAAAACCUGCUGCUGACCGAGAUAGAAAAACUAAGACAGGAGUACAGGAGGGUGGAAAAGGACUGGGAAACCAGAGCUCAGGAAGAAUACGGUAGGAGAACUGAAACACAGAUAGAGGCAGACAGUUUAGAACAUGGAACGCCCCUGGCAACCUCCACCCCUAGAGUACCUGGAGUGAUGCAACCCCUGGCAGACAAAUUUUCCAAACUCGCUAUAACACCUGAGGAAGGGGAUAAGAAAGGCACACAACUACAGUUCCCCAUGAUCACUGUAGGUGACACUGAAGUCCAUAUCCCUCUUCCUUUAGGAUUAAUGAAAGAACUGAAGGAUAUGUGUCCCAAUCCAAAAAAGGACCCUAGAGCAGCAGCUAUGUUUCUGCAGAAGUAUACUGCAGGGAGUCAAUUAACAAUGGAGGAUAUUCAGAUAAUACUCUCAGCCAUAGACCCAGACACUGGCUCCCAAAUCGAUACAGACGAAAUAAAGAAGGCAUCAGAAAAGGAAGUUAGGGAUGCAGGACAGGAAGUUGGCCGCCCCAAUGUUUGGAAAAAGUUUUGGGAUAAGAUAGGAGUAGAAUGGAUGAAAAGAUACAAAGGAGAUUCAGGCUUACACACAAUGCUAAAUACAAAACAAGAGCCGAAAGAGGAUUUUUAUAGUUUCUGUAAGAGACUGUUGGAUCUCUACAGUAGUACAGGGAUGAAUGCACCUGAAUUGUUCAAGACUACAUGUAUGAAUAAUGGGGACCCUAAGACAACGCAGCUAAUAAAAUUAGUGAAUAACGAAUGGCUUACUCAAACGGUGACAGAAUUUAUGGAUGACAUAGCAAAACGCUCAGCCUCUGGUGUUUUCAAUCAAAAGGGAGGAGUAUUCCCAUUGUUAAUGCAGCAGGACAUACAACAGGAGUCUAUAUUGUCAGGUGGGGAAAGCAAUUACAUGAUGAUGUCAGGUUUCUUCCGGGGAAGGGAUAAUAGAAGAGGUCCGAGAAGUAGGGGCCAAGCAAAUUACCCGGGAAGAGUAGAAAGAAAUCAGAAACAGGGCUGUUUCAUUUGUGGGAGUCUAGGUCACUGGAGGCGGGAAUGUCCAAAGGUGAGAGAUGAAGAUAGGAAAGGAUAUAGAGGGAGAGGCGCCUCAGACUACCGAGGGGGGCCCAGACAACAGGGAUGAAGCGAGUAAACAAAACGGACAUUAGGUAUGGAAGUACUGACCCUAUUAACAUAGUUCAAUGGAUGUGUCUAAUGGGGCUAAGAAGUGGGCAAAAUACCUUCAGUGAUAUUCCAGCACCUCGUCUACCAAAGGGCUGGGUAGUAUGUUGUGGAUUAUGGUGCCAUACUACAAUUCCUUUUCCUAAAGAUCCUAGUUCAAAAGGUUGGUGCACUCUGGUCCAACUCUUCCCAUACAUGAGUGCACAAUCAGGAAAAGAAGUACAGAUGGGACCAGCCCAUGGGGUGCUCAUUUUCCAUAACACACACAGGAAAAAGAGGGCACUGACGAGCACAUGGGAGAAAUUUUACAUGAGCAUCUUAGGCCCGACAGGAACUGCAAUGGCACUAGUAAGAUUAGAUGCCUUCCAGGAAUUGGUCGAGGGAUGGGUUAAUAUCACCACAAAAGACCUGGGGAUGAUAAAUGAAGAAAUGAGAAAAAUAAGGAUGGAACAGGAAGUGAUUAGGCAGAGACAGGAGAGACUGAUGAUGGCAGUCACUGGACUAUGUGAUCAAACAGAAAACAAACAAAUCUGUUGCAUUUAUUUCUCCAACUUCACCAAAGACACAAAGGACAUUGAGGUACCAGAUUACUAUGAUAUAAUCAACAGUCAUCAAGAGGAGAGGGAGAGAUUACAAGGGGCAUUACAUAAUAUGCCAGGGUCAUGGAACCCUUUUGACUCAUUAGGAGAUUGGGCAGGAGGUAUCUUUUCCGGAAUUUUCAACUUCUUCAAAAAGGCAGGGAUUGUUAUUUUGAUGACUUUGGUAUUCCUACUCCUUAUAUAUUGUCUAAUAAAGUUCACAAUAUGGGGAGUAGGAAAGACCUCUCAAUUGAUAAAGCGUAAGAAACCACCAGAAGAUUCAGGUGAAUAUGUCACCCUUAAAAAGGGAAGUACUCUGAGAAAGAUAACUGGUGUGUGGUAUAAGGAGUGAUCAUAUGGAAUGGGAAUUCCAUAUGAUCAAAGAGGGGAUUGUAAGGAAAUUAUGUCUGUAUCCACACAUACAUGUAUAUAUAUAUUCAGCCUUAUAUGCUUGUAUUAAUGUAUACAGAGUUCCUCUUUAAAGGAAAUAUUUUAUAUUCUUAUAAC